AUGGCACAUGACGAUGCAGCCCAAUUCAUGGGCUCCAGCUGGCUCUAUGAUAUCAUCGACUUGCUCCAGCGAGUGGUGCUACCUAUAGGCCCCCCGAUGCGCAACUCGAAGAGCUGCAGCUCUACCGUUAAUAUUCUCAAGAAAAGAAACCUCCCCCAAGCUGAGAAACCAUUCAAAAAGCUUGAGGACGGGUGGUCGUUCAUCACCAAAAUUUAUCCUAAGUGGACCUCGUCCGAUUUACCUCCAAUUACUAACAGCGAGAAGGAUACAGAGAAUUGGGUGUUCUCUGUAAUUGUGCAACCUGUGAUUCACUGCUUGCGUGCCAUCAAGCAGAAGACUAUCCGCGCUAUUUACGACCCGGACACAAAUGAUUGCUUCUCUGUGUCUUCGCACUCUGAGAGCACCAUGUUCCCCAUUCUGGAUGGCCUGAUUGUGACAAGCCACCCUGGGAAGCCUUUUGUGGGACAAAAUAUUAUUGCCACCGUCGAAGUCAAGACCCCAAACGCCAUGCAGCCUGCACUUGGUGGCAAUCAAGGCAUUUUUGCAGACAUGCUGGUCAAGUACAUGAGUCAGGUGCCCACUGGUACUGCGAUGAAGUUCUGGUACACAGACAGCAAGAAGUUUCCUCAUACCACAACAACUGAAACCAGGAUACUGCUCCAGGUCUGGCACCAGAUGCAAACAUCCAGGACUCAGUUUGCCAUUCUCUCCAGCUAUGUAGAAACCAUUUUUUCUAUGGAGAGAACAACACCCUGUACAUGUCCCGACACUGCCUGA